AUGGCGUCAGCACCAGAGACGCCGGUAGGGGAGGAAUGCAUAGCUGUUAAGAUUAUGGACUCCGACCACACGCCUUCCAUCCCCUCAUCUGUCGACAUGAAUGCCACACAAGACAUUUCAAAUGAGAUUGUAGGCCACCAUAUCGUUAGCAGCAACUAUGCGCCGCAAUUCGACUCGGCAGCUGCAUUCAUUCUAAGUCGGAUUCGAGAUACCAAUGACACCUUCAAACCACCCAGGAGAGGCUCAUCAGGCAUUCUCAAUAAGCUUGGCCGAAAAGGGGGGAUGGUAGAGGCUAUGGAUUCAUGGACAAUGCCGUUGCCUAAUGCCCCUACUCCAGCCUUGUCCCUUACCUCGACGUCGCAUCAGGAGCAACUAGCUUCCAUCUCUUCCAGCUUAAAACGCAAGCGCGACCCUGAGUCCGAGGCUCCUGACUUUACACAGAGUACAAUUGCAUGUCCGGAGUCGAUGGUCCAUUCUCAUUCCAAAGUCAUCGCAUCUUGUCAGCCAUCAACUGCCGAGAGCAGCACACCAAAAACUGCCUUGGGGAACCUUCACUCAUCAAUCAGCCUUUCCGGUCAGGCCGCAGUUGAAAAUAUAAGAGAAAAGAGGCUUUCAGUCAUUACGGAUGGCAUUUCUCCCGCAAAGUCAGAGUUGGUUGGCUUUUAUGCUGGGCAGGCAUCCGAUAUAGUUCGUACACAAUAUUUCCUGGGGAAAAGAAGGACAGACUUGCUGAAUAUUCUUUCAUUCUGCGACCAACUUCGGCCGCAACUUCUUGCUGAUAUUCUGGUGUCAGUGUCGAAAAAACAUCCAGACUUGCCCAUUUUCGACUCUCCAGACUGGCAGAGGCCGAUUUCCAGCUCUCUAGACGCCCAGAUUGCUGCGGCAGUGCGUCGUGCCCGUCCAGCUGGAAGGCCUAGACAUGGCCACACUGUACUCAAUCCGAAAUCGAGACAAAGGCAAAAGAACGCAAAGAAGGCGUUAAAACGUCUAAUAAGGGCAGAACAUGAGGUUGACACCCCAGAGGAUGAGGACGUCGAGGAGGACGUGCUCCCGUCUACUUGGCCAAAGGCAGGACAAGGCUUAUACUCCAAACUUCCUCCAGAAACCGAGGACAGGACAUUCCUAGCUGACGACAAUGAUGACGAAUCGUUUAGCCAUUUCAUGGUGGACAACCUAGGAAAACCAAUGAUUGUAUCGACAUGCGCGUGA